AUGUCGCUCGCAUCGCCUACCUCAAAGGAUGGAUUCUCCUACGCCGGAGAUCUAUUCGCCGAGGCGAGCGGCCAUAACCGGCAUCGGCGUGCCACCGUAGCGGAGCUCAAAGACCAUUUCAAGUCCGGCUCCGAGAAGGAUCACCCGGCCCAUUGGUUCGAGGCACAGCUCAUCCACUACGGUCUGCAGGUCUCCAAAACAAAGGCCGUGGCUCGCAUGCGUCUCUUUGACGCCGUCAAUGCGGGAAAUGUUUCCGUCCCGGCUCAUAUCAAGAAAUUGGAGUCGGAGCUGAAGAAGGAAUGGAUCAAAAAGGAGCGCGAGGCUAAAAAAGCCUUCAAAGAUGCUGCCUCUUCACCCGCACCCAAGACUACCGGUACCAAGCGCAAGGCUGAGUCUUCGAACGUCGAUGUGACUGUCAGUGUCGGCGGUAUCAACGUCACCGUCUCCGCCAGCAAUUCGAAUAAGAAGGCCAAGACACCUAGUAAGCCAGCAGCGAAGAAGACUGAAACCAAGCCCAAGGCUCCAAAGGCGGCUACCACCCCUAAGGUAGCUUCAACAGCAACAACAUCCAAGACCACCGCUUCCAGGACCACGGUUUCAAAGACCACCGUGUCAAAAACCACUACCAAAACCACCGCUAUAAAACCCCCUCCGGCUGGGACGGCCCGUCGCGGGGGGACCUACCAAGGCCCCAGCCGCAAAAGCACCGCGGCAACAUCAGCAGCAUCAACCCCUCAACCCGCACGAGCCCCCCAAUUUGCUAUUCGCGGUCGCGGCCAGGCAACCAGAGGCCGAGGCGGCAGCAGCAACACCCCGUCCCCCGUGAAGAGGGAGUACUCCGACAACUCCGACGACGACGACGUCAAAGACGAAGACAGCGACGACGGAUACGGCUACCCCAGCAGCUCGUACCGAGACAGUGCCGGCUUAUACGAUAACGAAGACGAGGAACUCAAGCCCCUGGGCCUGCUCAACGGGCGGUACGUGCUGACCAGCGAGUUCGUGACUUCGGAAUGGGGCCACAUCAACUUCUCGCUAGUCUUCACCCUUAGCGGGACCGAGCUCUGGGGCCGUUUCGACCUCGGCAUCGUCAGCGGCGUCAUGCGCCUCCCACAACGGCCGUGGCAGUCUUCCACCGAGUCGCUGGGGUUUACCUGGCGCGGACAGGAGCUAGAAGGUCCGAUGAUAUAUGGAGAUUAUAAUCGCGGGUCGAUCCGAUUCCUCGGAGAUGGGAAGGUGAAGGGCGAGCUGGAUUGGAUGGGGAUUACGUUUGAGGGGAGCCGGGUUGUGGGACAGGGCACUAGGAGCGAGGUUGAUAUGAGUAGGAUGAGGGCUGAAUGGGAGGGGUAUAAUGAGGACGAGUAUGAAAGGGAGAAUCGUAAUCGGUGGUAA